AUGAGCGGAGGAGGCUCCCUGCAGCAGCGCACCACCUACCUCAUCUCCCUCACCCUGGUCAAGGUAGAGGCUGUGGAGGAGAAUGGAGGGGAGGCCAAGAGCAGCAGCAGCCAGGGGAAGGAGGUGGACACUGGGCCGGAGAUCCAGCCAGGAGGAGGAGAAGAGGGAGGAGGAGGACGGGAAGGAGGAGAGGAGGCCGGGGUGAGAGCAGAGGCUGAAGGUGAAGCUCCUACCCGGGCGGAAAAUGGAGCUGCUGGAGUGGCUCUGGAGCAACCACAAAGUGCUGAGGAUGCUGCUGAUGCUGCUGCUGUGAGAGGGGUCAAACUGACUGAACUCAAAGAUGAGGCAGAGAGAAAACCCCUCAGCCCUUUGAAAGAUCAACUCACCCCCACUGCUGAUGCGCUCAUGAGUAAAGGAAGUGAAAAACCUCCGUGCAACCUCUCAAUCCCUUUACCGGCAGAGAGAGCCACGAUCCAGAAGACAAAGUCAGCAGAGACGGAGUUCACACGAGCAGAGAAGACGCUCUCCACUCCAGAGGCAAAGCAGUGCAGGUCUCCAUCGUUGACAACUACACCACCAACAGAGGUGGUCGAGCCUAUUCGCACCCCGACCAGGACCAGCCUCCCUAUCCGUCCGGCAGGGCAGCGUCCUGUGAGUCUCCUGAAGUCUCACAGCAGCGUGGCCACCCGGGGCCGAGACUCCAGAGAUGGUAGAGAGCGCAGCCCUACCUCAGCCCAGAGCCUCGACCGCAAGGACUGCCGCAUGCCCACACGGUCCCCUGGCCCCUGCAGGGCCUCAUGGGCCGAGGCGAGCAGGCCUGAAGGAUGGAGAGACCUGCAGGAUGAGACACAUCCCGGAAUCGCGCUGGAGAUUGGAGGUGGUAUGGCUGCAGUGAUGAGAGACAUCCCCAGGAAGGACAGGCUAAAAUCAGGCUCGACCUCCCUGCCUGCACCUGCCAACCAGGCCUCCAAACCUCCACGCAAGGGUAAAAGCCGCACUCUGGAUAACAGCGACCUGAACAGCCUCUCUGAAGACCUGGGGUUGGCCAGGGAGGCCCAGCAGGCGCAACAGGGCCAAAGAGGCUCCGCUAAAGACAGGAAGAUGCUCAAGUUCAUCAGUGGCAUUUUCACUAAGAGUAGCUCUGGGGCAGCGGGGUCAUCCUCCACUGCGCCUCCUGUCUAUAUACAGAGAGACUCCAGUGAGGAGGAAGUAAAUAUUGCCAACAGCCAGGAGUGGAGCCUGAGUAGAUCCAUCCCAGAGCUGAGACUGGGUAUUCUGGGAAGUCUCAAAAGCGGCAAGUCAGCGCUGGUGAACAAAUACAUCACAGGCAGUUAUGUUGCACUGGAGAAGCCUGAUGGUGGCAGAUAUAAGAAGGAAGUGCUGGUGGACGGACAGAGUCAUUUAUUACUGAUCCGGGAGGAGCCGGGGCCACCUGAUGCACAGUUCAGCAGCUGGGUUGACGCAGUGAUUCUGGUCUUCAGUCUGGAGAACGAGGCCAGUUUCCAGGAGCUCUACCAGCUCUACAGUCAGCUCAGCGCACACCGCACAGACGUCCCGGUCAUAGUGGUCGGCACGCAAGAUAAAAUAAGUAGCACCAACCCCCGUGUGAUAGAAGAUCAGCGAGCCCGACAGCUGUGCAUCGAUGUGCGUCACUCACUGUUCUACGAGACCUGCGCCACCUACGGCUUCAACGUCGAUCGAGUGUUUUCAGAAGCUGCUCAGAAGAUUGUCACUCAGAGGAAGCAGGCGGCGCUGCUGGCCUGCAAGUCUCUUCCCAACUCUCCAAGCCACUCUGGAGGCUCCACACCUGGAUCAGCGUCCUUCCCUGGCCAGUCCACUAAUGGCCCGAGCAGCGGCUACGCCUACUCCCUCCCCUCCACCCCUGUGGUCGGUCACAGAGAGAUGAGGGUUGCAGCGGGAGAGGGGGGAGGCAGCAUGAACUCCCGCUCCCACAAGAGCAUCCCGAGACGGCCCUCUCUCUUCAAGAAUCGGGACCCAGAUAAGAAAGCAGCUGAUUCCAAAGGAGACCAGAGCAGCACACGCGGCGUUCCCCUCAAACAGAGCAUCCUUUGGAAGAGAAGUGGCAGCUCUCUGAACAAGGAGUGGAAGAAGAAAUACGUCACCCUGUCCGACAAAGGCACGCUGUCUUACCACUCCAGCGCCAGUGACUAUACGCAGAAUAUCCACGGAAAGGAAAUCGACUUGUUGCGUGUGACAGUGAAGGUUCCUGGGAAACGUCCUCCGAGAGCCGUCGCUCCUGCGGGACCCUCGCCUGUCCCCCAAGGCGGUGUACCUGGAGUUAAUGGGCUGAGUAAGGACUCGACAGCUGCUGAUAGCACUAGCACAGUUCCUCAGUUGUGUCCGGCCACCUUGUCUGUGGUCGACGACCGGUCUGGUGGUUUGUCACCUCUGGGAGGUGAGAGAGGACUUCAGCGCUGCCCCUCCUCCUUGUCAACCAAAGCACAAAGUGUUGACGCUCUUGAAGGAACAGCCAAUCCUUUCGUUGGAAAAGAGUCGAGCCAGUCGUCCCCCAUGAGCGACAGGAAGAAGAACAGGAGGAAGAAGAGCAUGAAUCAGAAAGGAGACGCAGCCGUCGGGCAAGCUGAAGCCAAACGCAAAAUGUGGAAAUUAAAGAGCUUUGGUAGCUUGAGAAACAUUAAUAAGACAGACGAAGAGAAUGCAGACUUUAUCAUUGUGUCGUUUACCGGGCAGACGUGGCACUUUGAGGCUCAGAGCCUGGAGGACCGGGACUCCUGGGUGUCGGCUAUAGAAAGCCAAAUCCUGGCCAGCCUGCAGUCCUGUGAGAGCGGCAGAAAUAAGGCGAGGAGGAGCAGCCAGAGUGAAGCCGUAGCGCUGCAGGCCAUCCGUAACGCCAAAGGCAACGGUCUGUGUGUGGACUGUGAAGCACCGAAUCCCACCUGGGCCAGUCUCAACCUCGGGGCGUUGAUCUGCAUCGAGUGCUCGGGGAUCCACAGAAACCUUGGGACUCACCUGUCUCGCGUACGCUCGCUGGACCUGGACGACUGGCCCGGAGAGCUCACACAAGUCCUGGCCGCCAUCGGAAACCACACGGCCAACAGCAUCUGGGAGAGCUGCACACAAGGCAGGACCAAACCCACGCCCAGCGCAACACGUGAGGAAAGAGAGUCCUGGAUUCGUGCUAAGUAUGAACAGCGGGCGUUUGUGCCGCCUCUCCAGCCGGCGUCGGGGGACAGUAUGCCGGACUGGCUGCUGUCUGCGGUGAUGGAGAGAGAUCUUCCCAGGCUGCUGCUCCUCCUGGCACACAGCACCAAGGAUAAAAUCAACGCUCCUUCGCCGCCUCGCACGGCCCUGCACGCUUCUUGUCAGCUGGGAGAUGUUGUCAUGACCCAGCUGCUCGUCUGGUAUGGAAUCGAUGUGAAGGCGAAAGACAGCCAAGGCCAGACCCCAAUGAUGAUGGCGAGAAAGACGGCGAGCAAAGGCUGCAUCGAUAUCCUGCAUCAACACGGCUGUCCCAACGAGACGUCCCCCACCACCACUGCCACGCCGAUCCUCGUCCGUCGCUCCAGCACUGCCAGCCUGGGGCGAACCAGCUCCAGGAAACGGAUGACGUAGCCUGGACCGAAGACGCUAUAUAUACCGCACAUGACGACGACGAUUGGAUGGAUGAUGAUGCUCGUAGUUUAGACUUUACCUUUUAAAAAAAAACAACAAAAAACGUGCAUACAGGCAGAGCUGACUUUGCAAGAGGGGAGGGGUGUAAGAAAAAUAACAGGACUAUAUAGCAUAGUAUUAAAGAUUUUAAAAAUUGUGUUUCCGAAGACUGAACAACAUAUCAAACAACUUAAAAAAGCAAUACUCACUGAAUUUAUCGAUAUUGCUGAAAUACUGUGUUGUUGUUGACCUCAAAAUGACUCAAGUAGAUUUGUAGCUGUCUUCUGUAAUUUUAGAGCAGGGCAGACAGUCGCUUCUGCUUCUGUUUCACUUCCUCCAGAAGAAGUGCAAUAAUUCAGCUAUGACGACGAAAAAGCAACAAGUUUUGAACACGGAUAGAGAAGAGAGAAAAACUGUGUUGGAUGACUGUACGACGGUCUCG